AUGGUUGCUAGGAACCAGAACAAAGCAAUCGAGAAACUUCUCAAAGAUUGCAGAAGAACGCAGAAAGCCUCCGGCCGUCGUUGGAAGACUGCCUUCCCUCGCGAUGUCCUGAAACAACAGGAGCUGAAGGUGAUCAAGGCCUACGUCCCACCCACCAACACCUUCAAGAAUGCGCAGGAUCUUCUCGACACCGUCGAAAAGGAUAUCCAGGCAAAGUCUGCUACUCAGUCUAUCCGCAAACUCGAAGAUCCUAUCGCCGUACGCAAGCCAGUCGCUGCAGCCAAGCCGGUGAGUAAGCCACGCAAAGACUCGCUCUCACCGCGCUCCACCCCUUCUCAGGCAAGAAGCAAACUUGUAAGAAAGGACAGUGGCAUAAUCCUGAACAGCUCUGGCGCGGUGACAAGUGUCAAAGAUGUGCAUCUGCACCUCGCUACCGUCCCCCUAUCCAACAUCGGCAGCUGGACUGCAGGCUGGGAAGAACUGUGUCGCUUCUCUGAAGACCACAUCGAUGCUUACUUCUCGACCAUCGAAACUGUCACUACCUCUACUGGCCUCAUCGUCUUCUACGCCGACUGCGAAAACAAGCUCAUGGCAGACCUGCUGAAGGGCAAGCUCGCCAGCGAGAAGGUACUCGGCAAGAAGUUGAUCUGCCAAAUCAUCUGA